UUCCCUCUCUAGGGCACGAAAGCGCGGGAAGCCAAAACAAAAAAAUCUCAGUGAUUCACAGAUCAUGCUGCACUGCAGGCAGAUCCCUCUAAUCGCUUAUUAGGGUUCAUCUCGUUCGAAUCGAAUUAGAAAAAGAGGGAAUGGUGUGGAAUUACCCAGAAAUUUCCAAGGAAGAUUUCACGAAGCUACUGAAAGGGUUUGUAGAUUUGCUCAUCCUCGCAUCUGGGUUUCAAUCUUCUGGCGUUCCCGCUCACUGGGACGCCGAGAAUUGCAGGAAAGCUCUUCAAUGGGGUCUCUUCUUCGAAAACAUGUUAAGAAGCAUAAAUAGUUCAGAGACAUUUGGGGAAUCUGCGAGAGAGGUUGAGGAAGCUAUCUCCGAGAUGAAAUCUAACCCCUUGUUCCCAAAGGUGGCUUCUGACUUGCAGGGUAUGGAGAAUCUGUCGUCAGAUACUCUCUCAAAGGGAAGAGAGUUUGUGUUAGAGCACUUGAUGAAUAACUCAACGUUGAAGGAUACGCAACUCCAAUCUGUUCUGGUUGCAGCUGUGGAAUCCGGCAUUAUCGACGUAAUUGAUGGGAAGCUCAGUGAGAGGCAAGCUGUUGUGUCACGUGUAUCAGCGCUUGAGACUGGUUUGAAUAUCCUUUCCAAACAAGACAAGGAUACAACUUUGUUGGGUGGAGGACAACAGCCUAUUGAGCUUGUAACAUGGAACAAAUGGCAAUCUAAAGGUCUGUCUUAUUUUCUGCGUAAGAGAACUUUGAGAUUGGUAUCGGGAGCCAGCUUGAUAUUUUCUGCACCGAGAGCUCAGUGGGCAGAGGUGUUGAGAAGGCUGCACGUUUCAGCUGAGAACAAAGAGGAUAUAUUCGUCGAAAAGAUUGAGCUAUUGUUACUAGGAUGCGUAACGAGCAGAUGGACUCAUUUAAUCGAAGGUAUCAUGUCAGUUUCUUACAAAUCUGUCACCGUGUCCGAACAAUACGAGGAGUUACGUAACCUGCUUCUUCAAAGAUCUAGAGGUUUAAAACAGAAUGAGAUCGCUUUGACUUCAAAGGUUGAAGAGAUUCUUGAGCAUCUAACAGAUAUAUUAAAGAAUCGUUCUCAUCACCUCUGGAAAUUGCCUUCUGCCCUUAUCGCAGCUGCAAUUCCACCAUGGUCACCAUUGUUUGGUUUGUAUUUUGGCGAAAUAGAGAAACAGUUGAAACUAGACCUCUCAGCAACAAGAUGUUGUAGCUGCGAUAAAGAUCUAAACGAGCAUAAGGACUGUGAGCUUGCGGAGAGAGUUUGGUGCUUGUACGUAUUCCAUAUUGUCUGCAGAUGCCACCAAACAAUUUAAUGGGUCUUAAACCAUACAAGAAGAUCAGUUCAUUAAGAUCAUAUUGAUGCAGAUAUUUUUUGUGCCUUAGCUUGUAGAUGAAAACAAAAAAA